UCAUAUAAAUGUUGGUUUAUAAUUCAAUUAUAAUUCAAUAGAUGUGAACGAUAAUGUAUGACCACAAAUGGAGAGUGUAACUCCUCGCAAGCUUCAUGCUGUGAAAAAAUGUUUAGUUUGUUGUAAUUUUCCUAGGGAAAUAAGGAAAGUAGAAUCUGCUAAAAUAAGAGGCCAAAAUUUAAAGGAUCUGCUUAAGAAAUAUGGAGGCGUUAAUAUUGAAAGUGGAAUUGUGUGUCGAAAUUGUUUCCAGAAAUUAGAUACACUUGAUCAAAAAUGUCGAGAAUUUUAUGAGAACUGUCAAAAAAAUGCAACAGGCACGCAUCUUAGAAGCAAAAGAAUGGCAUCUUCCCCAGCAGUUGAAAGACAACCCGAAAAAAGAAGCCUCGUGGGUGAUACUGCCAAAAAAGCACACGUGUGUUUGUUUCCAAUGCAGGCUUCAGCAACUACCAUAAGCAGCUCUCAAAAUAGUAUUAAAAAAUUAAAAGAUAUGGACAAAGACAAAACACCCGUAACGGUACAUGACCACGACUACUAUUGCACCAGUAGAAGUCCUAGUAAAAUCCCUAGGUUAAAAAAUAUGAAAUCUAAUGCCACGGUACAAGAAUCAAUAAAAUUCACCCAUGUAGACCACACCUACACAGGAUCAGUGCCAAUCUCAAAUGCUUUCCAUCCCCAAAUUGAGAACCUGUGUAAGAAUAUAACAUCAUAUACAGGUGACAACCUUGGUAAUCUGACAGAGGACGAAUGCACUUCACUACUGAAUGCCUGUCAGACAAAGUCUUUACACAAAUUGUCUGCGGUCAUUAUAGAAAAUGAAAACCUGAAAAAAGCUGUCAUCAGACUGCUAAUGAAAAAUGUAGACUAUUCUUCGAGAAGUUUGAAUAAUCGUAAGCACUCAUUUGUAAGCAAACUUAUGAAGAAAUCUGUAGAUGACUUGAAAAGUUCACAAUGGAUUGAAGUUGUAACGGAAUUUCAAAGUAAAUUUCCUCAUGUAUUUAGUCUCAUAGUUUCCAUGAUGCUUCGCUCAGAAGACCUGCCAUGCUUUACAAAAAUUCAAUCAGUAAUUCCUAGGCUAGCCAUGGUUUACGGAAUCAUCGCUCAAACAAGAAAUGUAGAACUGAGUCACACACAGCGAGUAAUUUCCAUGUUACUGUUUGACAACAUUUGUGAUCAAAAGGUAUUUGAUCGUCUCCAGAAAGUUGGCGUUUGUCUCAGUUAUGCAAAGAGUUUGAAACUCGUUGACCAAAUAGGGGGUCAUUUUAACGAUGAAAUGGUGGAACUGGUUAGAAAAGGUCGGCGAUUUAGAAUAGUAGGUGAUAAUAUCAACUGGAAAGUUGGCGUCCAUGACCAGAGGAUAGAUAACAAAGACAAGUUUCAUCAUGCUUUUGGAUCUGCUAUCCUCGUGCAAAAUAUUAAUUUUGAUCACUUGAGUGAUAUAUUCCCUCAACGAGAGUACAAAGCCACAGCACUGCAAACGUUCCUGCCAUCAGUUGAUGACAUGAAGAAAACUAAGAGAGACUACGCAAUUUUAAUUGCAAGAGUUGCAAUAAAAUUUCUGCCAUUUUUUGAGCAAUUUGAGUCUAUCAUCCCACGAAAUAUAAGCAAGCCGUGUAGUUUACACCUAAAGGAAAAAACCCACGUCAUCCCCAUGCCGGUCCUUUUUCGCAAUGAGCAAUACUAUCAAGAUGUAGUUCAUAUUCUUGAUUUUUACACUAAAACUGUGGCCGAAGCCUUUCAAAAAGCUGGCAAAGACGUAAGCGAAGAAACAAGAAUACAUAUAGGAGGAGACCAGCUUACUAGGGAAAGAUUUUCGGGGGCCAAGGCCAUGCGUGCCCAUGACGAAAAUUCCCUUGACAGAUUUCAGCUUCUCACACCAAUAUCAUUUGAACUCUUCCAUAUGCAUAUGAAUUACUUAAAAAUGGUCUUUAAAGUAUUCUUUAAUUCAACAAGCGUGCAAGAAAUCGGGACUCUUAAAUCACUACAAAACAGAUUAAGUCGAACGAAAAUCGGUGAAAAUCUCAACGAUAAUUACGACUCCAACAAAGAUUUCUUUAUAUCUGUAGUGGAUGCAUAUAUAAUAGAAUGCAUCAUGGAGUUCUUUGGAAUGGACGAUCAACAUUCCCGUCCAACCAAACACAUUCCAGAAGAGUUCGGCAACGACGAGGAAAAACAGUCCUGGUUUUUUGACACAAUUGGUGAAAUGCUUGAUAGAUACAUUUUUCCAACAAAGCAAUAUCCCAUGAGAAGCGAGCAACAAGUUUUAGUUGAUGGGACUGUUUUACAAAUCAAGCUUCCUAAUGCCAAAGCACUUACUAUAAACAUCCCACCCAAAGUACAGAAGGAAAAACCAGACGGGAUGUACAACUAUGGCUGCCAGUUACUAGAAGUUGGUUUGCUUUUCAAAGACUUAAUUGAUCUGACGCACUUACCUGACCGAGAAAGGGGAAUAAGAUUACUAAAAAUUGCAAUGUUGUAUUUUAAAACCCACAAUAAUUUGUCCAAAUAUGCAUAUGAAAUCAUGCGCUUUUUAGUCUACCAAGAGUGUCUGCUGUCUGAAAAAGCCGCGAAUGAAAUGUUCUACGGUCUUUUUGUUAACAUCAAUGGGAAGUAUGAUGGCCACAUUCCAGCAGAUAGGAGGAUGGAGUACAUGGUAAAGGAGGUAAAAUCCCAUAUAAAGCACAUGUGCUCCAAUAAAACAGAGAAGAACAUCAGCAACCGGACCAGGGCCAUACCAGGAAUAAAGAUUAUAUGCUCAAAUUUUGAUUAUCAGAGUUCCGUCAUAACUCGAGCCAAAAAACAUUCAGACAAGUCUUCAACUAGUGACGAGUUAACCCUCAUUCAGGAUUUAAGAAAUGUGCGCCCUUUCUUUUUUCAACCUGGAAGAUUUCACAAUUCCUUCCAGCAUAUAUCGCCAUCAAUCCUCCACAAUAUUGACAUACCCUACAUACACAGCUGGAUAGAACAAAAGAAAAUUCACUUCGCUUUAGAUUCUGGAAAUUAAUUUAUU